AUGUUAAAUUCCCCGAAAUGCAAACGCAAAAAAUCUUCGAAUGCAAAAGAAUCCUUCCCUUCGCUGCCAAUACCAACGAAAAACCACAACCAAAGUGACCCGAAAUUUGUUGUUAUAAAAUCUACUGACAGCUCUCAUUCGCUCUCUAAAUACAGCGUAUUCGCUAAAAAGAAAGCUUUAGAUGGAAUUAGUACUGAAUACAGCUCAGUUAGCAUUCUGCGUGAUGGAAGUCUUCUAGUGCUCACUAAAUCUAACAAAGUGGCUGAAAAGUUUUUGAAAUGUAAGAACUUCGGCGGCUUAUGCCCUGUAUCAAUCGAUUUGCACGGAACUCUUAAUACUUGUAAAGGCACAAUAUUUGACCUUAACCCUGCCAACACGGACGAACAAGAAAUUCUUGAUGGCCUCAAAUCCCAAGGAGUUGUUGCUGUCUACAAAUUCACCAAAAUCCAAAACGGAGAAAAAGUCCCGACUGGCCGCAUUGUUCUCACAUUUAAUCUUUACAAAGUACCUGCUGAUAUUGACAUUGCUUGGUACUCAGUAAAAGUUGAAGAGUAUUUCCCCACACCCAUGCGGUGCCUCAAUUGCCAACUGCUUGGACAUACCACAAAAAAGUGCAACAAUAAUCGUACUUGCGAGACUUGUAAUUUCCCCCCACACCACCCUGAAGUAUGUUUACGCACAAUGUGCGCUAAUUGUUUGGGCGCUCAUUCAGCAUCCUACAAAGAUUGUCCACUGUACGAACAACAAAAACAAAUACUCAAAAUUAAAACACAAAACAAAUGUAGCUAUAAUGAAGCUAGACGUCUGUAUAAAAUACAAAACCCAUUGAGCGGUAAUCUGAAGCAAACUUACUCUUCGGUCACCAAACUCGCAUAA